AUGGUAAGAGAACCGUAUUAUACUUCAUAUAAUCAUUCAACCAGUCUCAAUCAAAUCCAAAAUGAGAAUAUUCUUGCUAUAAUUCCUCUUGAUUUACCAGAAACAGGAAUGUCAGUUAAUAAUGCUCCUGUAUUUGAUUAUGAUGCAAACAAAUCAAGAAGAAAUUCAAUUGAACCUUAUUAUAGGAAAAAGAAUCGACAUUUACCACCACUUAUUAUAAGCGAAUAUAUUGAUUCGGAUGAAAAUGCGAUAAUUUCAGAUUCAGAAGAUGACGAUGAAGAGAUGCUUUAUAAAACUAAUAUCAUUCCAGCACCUUCUUCGUUAUCAUUUCGUACACGACUUGUUUCUGAUAAUUAUGAAGAUAUUGAAAGUGAUUAUGAAGCAGAAAUUGUAGUAGAUGAUUGUUAUGUAGAUUCAUUUUCAAAGUUAAUUAAACCUACUCGAUUAUCAUCAACUAUUCAAAAAUGUCAACCACCAGAAUUUGGUAAUUUUGAAGAAGUUAAUCAAUCAUUGGUAUUUAAAUCAAAUAAUCCAAAUACUUUAACAAAUUCUAGAUGUCGUAUUUUAUCAAAUGAAUUAAUUCCACCACCAAUUUUCAAUAAUAGCAAUAGUAAUAAUAAUUUUAUUGAUGAUAAAUUUGAUAUUGAAUCUACUUCACUUUCAAUUAGAGAUGAUUAUACCAAUAAUAAUUCGAAGUGUAGACUUUCUUUAGUGUAA